AGCCGCAGUACAAGUGGCCAGCCUCCCCGUAAGAGCUAAGUCAUAGUGGUGAAGCUCGUUUUUUUCCCCCUCAACAUUCUAGCUGCUGUCAGUACCUUUGCUGGGGAGCGCUUCACGAGAGUUUACUUGUCUUUCUAUGCUGUUCUUUCUGGGGUUUCCUUGUUUCUUUUUGUGAUCAGCUUCCAGAUGGCCCAGCAGUGCAUCCAAAACGAGUAUUUUGACAGAUUGCUUACUGCUUGCAAACCCUGUCACCUUCGAUGUUCUAACACCCCUCCUCCACCUUGUCAACAUUAUUGUGAUGCAAUGAAAGGAACAAAUGCGGUUCUCUGGACCUGUCUGGGCCUGAGCUUGAUCGUUUCUUUGACGGUUUUUGUGUUGAUGUUCUUGCUAAGGAAGAUGAAUUCGGAACCAUCCAAGGAUGAACGUAAAAACACAGGCAUGGCUCUCCAGAACAAGGAGAAUGCUGACCAGGAGGAGGGCCGUGCUAGCAGGAACGGCGAGGAAGUUCUCUCGAGGGGCCUGGAGUAUACAGUGGAAGAAUGCACCUGUGAAGACUGUGUCAAUUCUGAAUCAAAGGUUGAUUCUGACCAUUUCUUUCCACUCCCAGCUAUGGAGGAAGGUGCAACCAUUCUUGUCACCACGAAAACAACUGACUACUGUAAUAGCCUGCUGGCUAGUGUCACAGAGAUGGAGAAACCCAUUUUUACCAGAUAAUUAACCGUUUCAAUGGUUGUAGAGCAGCUUUGAAAAUCGUAUGAUGGAAGGAUGAUGAUGUAUCAGAUCUCUUUAGGAUGAUUGUACUUAUCGGUUGCCGAUAGAGCUUUUUGUCCUGUAAUUCUAGAAAAUCUUUAUGUUAUAUGGACUUCACUACCUUAUUGAAAUUGCCUUGGUUUCAUGAUUAAAUUCUUGACUCACUGAAAAAAAGCGCUGCAGGGUGUAGAGCCCAUGGUCCCACAUUUUUAUGGCUAGUUCCCUGGUCUCCUAUAUACACACAUAGAUACUUCAGGUCAGAUUGGGUUUUUCUCUCUCUAAUGAAAGGAAAUCAAGGUGAUCCUAUGUACUCCUGGAGAUAGGAGAUGCCUAGAAUCAGCCACACAAAUUUAGCGUGAGAUGCAUGAGGGCAAGGCUCCUGACCUUGUGAGUGUUUAGCUUAAUGGAGACAUCAGGCAUUAUCACUGUCCCAUAAAUAAAUAUGUAAUUGUAAACCAUGAUAAAGGUAUAGUAGGUAUCAUUUUCAGAUCCCAAUGCAGGUAAUAAUAAGGAUAGCUAAAACUUAGCAUUACUAGGGGUGCCGAGGUGGCUCAGUUGGUUAAGUGACGCUUGGUUUUAGCUCAGUUUAUGUUCUCAUGGGUGGUGGGAUCAAUUCCUGUGACUCAAGCUCUGUGAUCAACAGGGAGUCUGCUUAAGAUUCUCUACCUCUCUCUCUCUCCCUCGGCCCACACCACCCCCU